AUGAGGGAGUACAUGCUUCAACUGCAGCGUUUCCUUGCUGACGCCAGAGCUACCAAUAUAAUCUCCCCCGACCGCACUCCCAAGGAAACGCUCGUGAAAUAUUAUGGCAUAUGCGAUCGUUUGUUGGCCGUCCUCCAAAAGGAUAGUGUUCCACGCUUCCUCCGCAUCUUCGAGAAGUACAGGGAGUGCUUGGUUUCUGGUUUUGUCAUCAUUCCACAAACCCUUGACUUAAUUAUUCUAGAGAAUGCCCUGCGUUGUGCUAAUCUUGUUUUGGAGGGCAAGUCGCCUAAGCUCUGCGGGGUACGUGCCAACCCCAACUACAUGACCAGCUUUGGGUACUUCCUCCUCCACCAAGCUGCAGAGUCAUUCUCCGUUGAAAUGGUUGAGUUACUGUUACGGUAUGGCGCAUCUGCCAAUCAGCGCACCUCGGGUAAUAAAAUCAUUGAGGGCCUCCUCCCACUCCAUGUUGCCAUCGAGAACACUUGCCAGCAUAAGUAUCUAGAGGACAACCUAUUAGUUGACGAGAACUACAGGAAGGGGAAUGUUGGGUACAUCUACAAGCUCAUACAUCUGCUUUGCCUGCCUGAGAUGAAGAUCUUCUUGGACACCACUAGAUUGCUUGCAGCUCACACUGAUAAUGUAGUCGAUGAGCUUUUGAAUUACAUCGAGCAUGGGAAGAUUGUCCCUGCAGCUAUUCUUCUCCUUGCAGCUCAAAGGCGAUUCCGUAAGCUCAAUGGUUUUGAUAUGAUCAAGAACCGUAUUGAUGAUUCUAUAUUCUCCCUGAUAAGGGAGGGGUGUGGAUUGCAAAUUGGUAAAAAUACCAAGGAAGCAAAGCAGCGGAAGGAGAAGGAAGUACAUUUCUAUAAUGUGUUGUUCCUUGUUAGGAUAAUUCUGAAAGCUGGUGAAGCUCUUGAUGCAUAUAUUCAAACUCAUUCAGAGGCAUCUCAUCACGAGGUCCAUGGAAAAGUUUCAGCAGUUCUCAAAAGUUAUGACGUUGGUCCUCUCGGAAAAGAUAUUUGCAUUGAAGACCUUCAAUGCUUCCCCUAUGACUGUGGAGGGCCGGACGGGGACACAGAUUUGACCAAGGCAGCCACUGGAUCACCUACUCCGGAAGUCAAGGAGAAAAAUGCUGUGGCAAAGGAACGACGAGUUAACCACCUGUAUGCAAGAGAUCAGUUUUUCCCGGUAUGGAGAUCAGUGCUGACAGCUCGGUUUAUUACGAAGAUCUUUCCGCCCUACACACCGAAGAAAGAGUUGCCGCUGUAUACUAGUGAUGGGGGCUCCGAGAAGUUGAGAGCUGAAAGGCACUCUCAUAUCCUUCUUGGCACGUUGGAGAGGAAUUAUCCGAGAGUGAGAGUAGCAAGUAAACCGACGCCCACAAGUAAGUAUCGGUCCAGAAGGUUGUUUGGCACUGCUGCAUCGACUGUCCUGAAGAUGCUUAAGCACGUAUGA